AGAGGUUCGACUGAACGUUAACUCUUCAGCUUGUCCAUGUCAUCACAACUACGCUAAUCGAAGAUUUCAGUUCUGAAAUUGAAACAAUGUUUACAGUCCUUAGAUCCAGUUUGAUUGCAGAUAAAGGCUUUAUCAAAGUUAAACCAACUACUCAUUUGUUGGCCGGCCUCAAAGUUGCCAUAAAAUCAUCGACAAGAAGGCUAUGGGGGAUGAUCUUCCACGAGUUGCGACAGAGCUUCACGCACUUAGGACUUUGUCACAUCAGAAUUUUUGUCGGCUAUACCAGUUUAUUGAGACGGAAGAUAAAUACUAUAUCAUAAUGGAGUACUGUAGUGGAGGUGAGAUGUUCGAUUACAUUGCAAGGAAGGAGCGACUUGAGAAAUCAGAAGCUCGUCACUUUUUUCGUCAACUAGUCCAAGCUACGGCUUAAGUCCACUCUAUGGGUUAUCUACAUAGGGACUUGGCCUUUCUGGUAAUGCCGUCAAAAAGCAGUGAUGGGAUGUUUUCGACUAUUUUCAUUUUGACGGAAAGAAAAGAGUUUCAAAUGAACCAUUCACCAUAUCAAACGGUUAAAUUGCAAGUUGCACGGACGAGAACUUCGUGAAAGCGCUCCUAGACCAAAUUACUAUACCAUGAGAAGGCACAAUCAACAAAGGAUUCUUUGAUUGCGUACUUUGCUCACAACCCCUGCCAGAAACAGGGUUCUGUAGAUCUUAUGUCAUUGUUAAUAAUUGUGUCAUUGUAGAAUCAAUGUCGAACAUACCGUGUUUGCCUAUGUCGGGGUACUUUCAUCUGGUUAUGAUCAAGUAAAUAUUUACU